CAACCAGGCAGAGUCCUCUGUCGCAGGCAGGCCAGCCUCUGCAUGACGCGAGCUCUCAUUGGUCUGACGCUCCGACCAAUCAGCGGCCAGCGAGGCUCGCGGAAAACGCAGCCGCGGACACGUGCCGUAUGUACACAGGAGAGAGGCGGAACCGAGCUGCGGUGUACUCGCUGUCAAACACAGGACAAUGACAGCUUCAGCAUUGUGCUUUCGGUUUUUGGUCCUUGGGACGCUCAGAAGGAUUUAAACGGUCCUGGUCUUUGACUCCGACGUGUUUUUAUAAACCAAACAUGCCGUGUUGAUGCGGGUUGUGGUCACAGAGCGGUUUUACAGGCGGAGAUAUUCACACAUGGUCACGCACGGAGCCACGCCACAGUGUCCCGCAGCCUCCGACUGUACUCUGCAGCAGGGGAGUGUUUCAGGUGGCCUUUAACACCCAGAGCAACACAUCUCCAAAGAGGCGAGAAGAGCGGAUACAGAGCGAAGAGAUUGUUUUUGUCACUCUCUCACCAUCUUUCAUCCCAUCUGUCGGAGGUGCCUAUGCCAAGGCUGUUUCAUCAGAAGAAAGCCAUCUUUAAGUGACAAUUUUUCAAGAUAGUUGCUGUUUGGUCUUUUUUGCAGGAUUGUUACAACUGCUCUUUGUGAACGCUUAAGGCCAAGAGCCUUCAUUUUCCUCUUUUUUAAAGCACAAGAAAGAAUGAAUUUCUCUCCUUAGUUUCUCAUGAAAAACAUCAAGCAACUAUGAUUCAUCCUGGUAUACAUAGUAGUCCCACUUAAACUAGUUCCUUCUGUUUCCCCCCGGCUGACACCUAAAUCAAGCUGUACCAGCCUCAUCCUACUCUAUUAUGAGUUAUGACAACUCUAAAACGCCCAGCAGCAGCACUCGUGGGCGAGGGACGAGGGCUGAAGAGAAAGACAAUGAGCAGGAUGCCGAGUCAGAAGGGUUAAACUCUCCAAAAACUGACAGUAGUCAGAGUGGUGCCAAUGUCAAGACUCAGGAGCAAGGAGGCGGAGCCGGCGCCGGACGGGGCUCGUCUCCCAGCGGAGGUUCGGGAUCUGGGAGCUCAUCCGGACACCGAAGGGGGCCAAACUCAGAUGACACUGACGGCCUCUCCAGCGGGAACGACUCUGGGGAAAGAGAGAGUGAGGGGGGGAUGGAGAGGGAGAACGGGUCACGCGGGCGGCAGUCAACGAGAAGCUCCAACAGCUCAUCGAAUGGGAAGGACUCCGGGAUGAUGCUUGAAACGACAGAGAGCAACAAGAGCACCAACUCCCAGAGCCUCUCGCCCCCCAGCGGCUCUCUGGCCUACAGUCUGCUGUCCACCAGCUCCGAGCACGACCCCCCUUCCACUUCGGGCUGCAGCAGCGACCAGUCGGCGCGGGUCCAAACCCAGAAAGAGCUCAUGAAGGCCAUCAAGGAGCUGAAGCUGCGUCUGCCGAAUGAGCGCAAGGCCAAGGGUCACUCCAGCACCCUGAACGCACUCAAAUACGCCCUGCAGUGUGUUAAACAAGUGCGAGCUAACAAGGAGUACUACCAUCAGUGGAGCGUGGAGGAGUGUCAUGGCUGCAGUCUGGACUUGUCUGCUUUUACCAUUGAGGAGCUCGACAACAUCACCUCAGAAUACACACUCAAAAACACCGACACUUUCUCCAUGGCCGUGUCUUUCUUGUCAGGCAAGGUUGUGUACGUUUCACCUCAGGGUUCGUCCCUGCUGCGCUGCAAGCCUGAGUGUCUGCAGGGGACCAUGUUUUCUGAGCUUUUAGCCCCACAGGACGUCAGCACUUUCUACAGUGGAACGGCACCCUGCCGUCUGCCACCCUGGGCCUCCUGCAUCGGGUCUGCUUCAUCUCCAGUGGACUGCACUCAGGAGAAGUCCAUGUUCUGUCGGAUCAGUGCGGACAGAUCACACGGCGGCGAGAUUCGUUACUACCCUUUCCGCCUCACGCCAUACCAGCUGACCAUCAGAGAUUCAGACGCUGCAGAGGCUCAGCCGUGCUGCUUGCUCAUCGCAGAGAGGGUCCACUCUGGAUAUGAGGCUCCUCGUAUCCCUCCAGACAAACGGAUCUUCACCACCAGUCACACUCCCAGCUGCCUCUUCCAGGAGGUCGACGAGAGGGCAGUGCCUUUGUUAGGAUACCUGCCUCAGGAUUUAGUUGGAACUCCCACCCUGCUCUACAUCCAUCCUGAGGACCGGCCCAUGAUGGUGGCCAUACACGAAAAGAUCUUUCAGUUUGCAGGGCAGCCAUUUGAAUAUUCACCCCUGAGGAUGUGCGCCCGCAGCGGGGAAUAUCUGACCAUCGACACCAGCUGGUCUUCAUUUGUGAACCCUUGGAGCCGCAAAGUGGCGUUUAUCGUAGGACGUCACAAAGUCAGAACGAGCCCUUUGAAUGAGGACGUCUUCACGAUGCCACAGGGCUGCGAGAGCCGGGUCACCACGCCCGACGUCGUCCAGCUGAGCGAGCAGAUCCACCGGAUCCUGGUGCAGCCGGUGCACAGCGGGGGCUCUCAGGGCUACAGCUCUCUGGGCUCCAGCGGCUCGAGAGGCUCCCGACGCUCCCACCAGCAGCACCUCAGUGCCUCCGCUGCCUCAUCCAGUGACAGCAAUGGGCCCGCUAUGGACGAGGCUGCAGCUGCUGUCGCUUUGCACAAACCAAUGACGUUCCAGCAGAUCUGCAAAGAUGUUCACAUGGUGAAGACGAACGGACAGCAGGUGUUUAUCGAGUCUCGUAACCGGCCACCACCAAGAAAAAACACUAGUGCAGGCACAGCAGGCAGCCGAGCCGUGGCCAGCAACCCUGUCAGAAGUGUGAUCCCCGAUCUAACCAAAGCUCCCAAAGCUCUGGUCCCUGCAGCGCUGGUGCAGAAGGAUCCUCCUGCCGGCUAUUCGUACCAGCAGAUCAACUGUCUGGACAGCAUCAUAAGGUACUUGGACAGCUGUAACAUUCCUAACACAGUUAAAAGGAAAUGUGGCUCGUCCUCGUGCACCGCCUCCUCCACGUCUGAUGACGACAAGCAACAGGAGGCGAACAGCAGCAACAAAGUCAGCCUUGUAGGUGAGCCGCCUCCGCUACCCCCUCUAACCAUGGCCACAAAGGCGGAAAGUGUAGCCUCAGACCCAUCGCAGUGUAGCUUCAGCAGCACCAUCGUGCACGUGGGAGACAAGAAGCCUCCUGAGUCAGACAUCGUCAUGGAGGAAGCUCCCACGACUCCCACAACACAGCUCGCUCCUUCAACAACUACACUGCCUCGGCCCACCAGCGGCCCCACGCCUCCCGUCAGUACUGCCAUUACCCCUCCUCCUCCUCCUCCCCCUCCCUCUAUCACACCGUCUCUCCCUCAGACCAGUCAGCCAGAGAGGGACAGCCGGAGGAGUGGAACUGUAGGAGGCAGUGGUGGCAGUGGGGGGAGCGGUGGUGGAGGCAGGAUGGGUCUGACGAAGGAGGUUCUGUCCGCCCACACGCAGCAGGAGGAACAGGCGUUCCUCGACCGCUUCAAGGACCUCAGCAGGCUGCGGGUGUUUGAUCAGACGACAUCUUCGGGUCUGCGAUGCCACACUCCAGCUGCCAACCCUCUGUCACGAGGAGUGCGCUGUUCCCGGGAUUAUCCAGCUGCAGGAAGCAGCACAGGUCACAGACGUGGUCGCGGGGGUAAAAGGAUCAAGCAUCAGGAGUCUUCGGACCAGCACAGCUCUCUAAGCCGGAGUGGGAGCCGGCGGGACAACAGAACCAGCACAGCCCCCCUCCCCCUCAACAUACCUCUGGGACCCCCAACAAACUCCUCCUCCUGGCCUUCUGUGGGCUCCCAGGCCAGCAUUCCCUCUGCCCCCUUUGCUCCAGGAAUGCUUCCCCUCUACCCUAUGUACCCCCCACUCACACAGCCCUACCCCCAGCCCGUCCCGGAUCCCUCACGCUUCCCCCCGAACCAGAUGGUCCCCCCCAUGAUGGCCUUGGUGCUGCCGAACUACAUGUUCCCCCAGAUGGGAGCCCCCCUCUCUCAGACAGGCACUACACCCGGACAGUUUUACAACCCAAACUUCUCGUUCCCCGUCAACACCCCUGCCCCCAUUUCCAACUCUGUCCCCAUCCCUAACACCUGCGCCCCCUCCCGCAGCAGCACUCCCCAGUCCUACAGUCAGACUCCAGCCGACCGGGAGGGUGCUGAAUCCCCUCUCUUCCAGUCCCGGUGCUCCUCACCACUGAACCUCUUGCAGCUGGAGGAAUCGCCAAGCAACCGGUUAGAGGUCGCCACAGCUCUCGCUGCAUCACAGCAAGCCACACCUUCUGCACAGGGCGGGGCAACUCAGCCGCUCCCAAGCUCAGCCAAUCAGGGGAGCUCUGAUGACACCUCGAAGGAGAAUGAGAACGGUGAAACUAAUGAGUCCAACCAAGACGCUAUGUCCACCUCCAGCGACCUGCUCGACAUGCUGCUGCACGAAGACUCCCGCUCUGGAACUGGCUCGGCCGCCUCUGGUUCAGGGUCCUCUGGCACCAGGUCCUCUGGUUCUGGUUCUGGCUCCAAUGGCUCCAACGGCUGCAGCUCCUCUGGCACCAGUGGCACAAGCAGCAGUCAGGGCAGCCACACCAGCAAAUACUUCGGCAGCAUCGACUCAUCAGAGAAUGAUCACUCCAGGAAACAGCCAGCAGGGGGCAGCAGCAGCGCUGGAGGAGACGGUGGCGAGGAACAGUUUAUCAAGUGUGUCCUGCAGGAUCCCAUCUGGCUGCUGCUGGCCAACACUGACGACAAAGUCAUGAUGACCUAUCAGCUGCCUGUCAGGGACAUGGAGACUGUCCUGCGAGAGGACCGUGAGGCCCUAAGGAGCAUGCAGAAACAUCAGCCACGCUUCACUGAGGAGCAGAAGAGGGAGCUAAGCCAGGUGCACCCUUGGAUCCGCACCGGACGCCUGCCCCGGGCCAUCAACAUCUCUGGCUGUACGGGCUGCAAGUCUCCCCCCUCUGUGCCUCCUGUCGCUCCUUUUGACGUAGAGAUCCACGAGAUGGAGCUGUGCAGCAUGCUUAAAGCUCAGGAAGAGGGCGCCAGAGAUGGCAAGAAAAACCUCUCAGAGACGGCGAUGGAUGGAGCGCAUCCAGAGGACGAGGAUGAAGAAGAAGUGGAAGAAGGGGCGGAACUGAAAGACACAAAAACACUAGACAGCAACCAGGAGAUGCCAACAGAGGAGCAGAGUGCGAGCUCGGACACAGUGGCAGAAAAAGCUCAACAGCCUGAGUCCGACAUGACUCACUGAUUCACUGGCCAAAGAUAAUGAGCACUUCUGUCAGGAUCUUUCAGUGCUGAGAUGCAGGGACCUUUCUGUGCCCAGAAAAUAUCACAACACAGAGCAAGGUGUUAAAAGUGCACCUUCUAGGACCUUUCUGCACCCAAAGCAGCACUACACAAGGUGCCAGAUGUUAAGUUUGCACCUUCUUGGACCUUAUUGUAAUCCAGUUAGCAUUACAAAAUGGUGCAAGGUGUAAAAUAUGCACCGUAAAGGAGCGUUUUGUGCUUGAGAAAUCUUUACACAGGUUGUAAGGUGAUAAAAGAGGAAUUUCUAGGUGCAUAUUUAUUGAGAAACUUCCAUUAAUUGAUUGACAGGCCAGGUUAGACACUUGGCCACGUACACUUUCUGUGAAGUUUAAUAACAGCACACCAGGCACGUUUUUAAAUGACGUCUACUAAACGCCUUGGAAGCCACAGGACACGCACACAGUUUCAGAGAGUCCCUUUUGUGUCCCUCAGCUGUCCCUGUAGCUCCUGACAUAUUUAUUUAAGUUGUAUUAUAAUCAGAGAGGACGAAGAGGAAUGUGUUACAUAUAAGGCGCCUUUACUAAAAGAUGGAUGUUCUUCACCACAGUGUCCUCCUAUAUGUCCUCAUCCCUCCUGUUCAUGAGGAAAGAAGGGAGUUUACCUGUGACUUUUCUUCUUGUUGAAUGUUUCCCACCGGAUCCUUUUUUCUCCCACAAAGUCAAGUUCAUUUUUUAUGUACAAAAGUUAGCUCAAACUACAGAAAAAGCACCUUUCACUCACUAGUCAAAAUGUACAAUAAGAACCAGGUUUAUUUUGUUAACAGUGUGUAUAUUUUUAUACUUUCAUCCACUGCAAAUAGAGAAAAGAUAGAAGCGCUAUACGGUAAAAUGUGAAAAUUGAAGAUAGGAAUCUUGAUGGUUUUAAAUCGCAGCAGAAAAAAACAAUCACUUCACAUUCUCUGAAACAGAGAUGUUUUUUUCUUGUGACACAGCAAUCUAGUGCUCUUCUUGAGCAAUGUGCAGUCGAUUUUGGGGCAACGUGGCAAUCGCCUGGAGACCAACCUGGACGUUUAAAGGUUACUCCUCGGCCGGGCAUUACUCCGUGCAUUUGUGUGGGAAUAAAUCACAAGCAGUAUUUCCACCCCAAGAGGCUGAGAGAGCCAUUGUGUUGCCAGUGCUUUGCUCAUGGUGGGAGGUGUACUCGAAAGAGGAGGACUGGACUCUCUAAGAUGUCUGGAGAGUUUGGAGAGUGUUUACUAUCUUUCUUUCCUCUCUGUCCCCUUUCUCUUGCUCUCUGUGGCACUGUUCUGGUUAUGUGAUAUCCUAUGCUUAUUGGCGUCAGUGGUGUUUGCAACAGUUUCUUAAUAUUUUUGUGAAAUUCUUUGUACAAAAAAAGACAAUAAAAUGACUUUAAAAUCC